UAUCUUCAAGCACAAUUGACGCGCAGAAAAUUCUGGUGUCUUUUAGCCCUCUUAUUGAUAGGCUCGGUCGUAGAUGCCUAUACCUAUCAGUAGCAGCGGGCAUAAUAGUCCCUCUGCCCUAUCUCCCUCCGAAAAUCUCACGACCUGCUGGACCGAUUUUCACCAUUCAAACGCCGCUGGUGGGCUGGGCUGGGUCUCAGCGGCACCUCCUCUCUCCCUUCCCUACCCUGUCACUCUUCAGGGCGGUGGCACCACGUGACCCUGGCGGCCCGCCGUCCGGCUGAUCACGUGAUGGCCGCGGGCGCUGGGCCGCUCGCCGCGCCCUUGACGACGUUGGCGGCAGCGGCGGCGGCGGCGGCGGUGGCCAGUCUCUCCGGCACUCGCACCGCGACAACUCGCCAUGACCGCCAUCCAGACCGCCGUGUUCGCCGCCCUGCUGGCCACAGCGGCUGCCCAGCUGAGCGGCUGCGAGUACUCGGAAGGAGUACAAACGUACCCGGACCCCACCUCCUGUGACCAGUACUACAAAUGCACCAACGGCACGCUGACCCAGGAGCGGUGUGAAAACGGACUUCUCUACUCGGGCACCGGAGCUGUGCACGAGCACUGUGCCUAUUACUGGAAUGUCGACUGCGGCGACCGACCCAAUGAGCUGAAGGCCUCCCGGGACGGCGGCGCCUGCCCCUACAGCUUCGGCCUCUUCCCGUCAGGAGAGGGCUGCACCGACUACUUCGUCAAGUGCGCCUACGGCCAGCCGCAGCCGGAGCUGUGCGCCGAGGGACUGGCCUACGACGAGCGCACCCACUCCUGCAACUGGCCCGACCUGCUGCCUGAGUGCUCCGUCGGAGAUGCUGAGCAGCUGGUGGGCUACUCGUGCCCGGAGAAGAUCCCCGCCAGCUCGGCGUCGCUGCGUUUCGGUCAGUUCCCUCGGUUCGCCACCGGCCAGUGCGACCGGCUGGUGACCUGUGUCAACUACUACCCCCGCCUGACGCGCUGUGAGGAGGGCACCGCCGUCGACGAGAACUCGCUCACCUGCGUGGACGCUGCGCUGGUGCCCGGCUGCGGGUACCAGUAAAUAUACAGAGGAGGCCAGGAGCCGGCACCGCCGGCCACACUGCUUCCACAGUCCACCUGCAGAGUCCACAGUCCACCGACGGCUGUCCACAGUCCACCGGUGACUGUCCACAGUUCACCAGUGUAGAGCUGGCCUCUGGCUCCAUUCAAAUUUCCAAAGACCGGUAUUCGGUCCACCACGCCCGUAAAAUCAGAUGUGGCCCUCUGACUGUGGACCAGCAUCUAUUUUGAAUAUCAUCGUUGGUCAUAGAGGUCUAGGAUGGCAAUGGGUUUGUAAAUAUAUUAAAAAUAUGGCAAAAUAUACGUGUGUACUUUUGUA